AUGUUUAAGUUGAGAACUACACCCACGAAGAACACACCCACGAAAGAUCAAUCUAGUGCAGGCAGGUCUGGAUCUAUGGAAGAUACGUCAGAUGAAUUGAGAAAUGACAGCACCACUGAAAAUGAUGAUGAGGAGGAUGAUGAUGAAUCUGAUAGUGUGCAAACACCAAGUGAAAUUGCUAGUAAACAGAAAAAUGAUGUAUUCUCACAACGAAAUCCUAUAUAUUCCGCAGAUAUUAAACCUUUGAAAUUCAGAAUGACUAAUAGUGGUUUAAAUGAAAAGACAAGGUCAAGUUACUCUCCUUCAAAGCUUAAUCUGCGACAUUUAGAGACUGUAGGAGAUCGUAUACGUAGAGAAUCAAACCCUCUAAGUGAGUUGUUGGACUUAGGUCAAAUUAACAAGGAGGAAUUCUUGGAAUAUUUGAGAAAACCUAAAUAUAUCAAGCUAUUUCAUAAAAAAACGAAUAGAUCAGAAAAUGGACCCUUUAAACGGCUGUUUUUGGCUCAGGAACUGGAAAUUGGUGAAGAACGUGCUUCGAAACCAUUGAAUAAACGGAUAUCCAUAUCUUCAAGAGCAGAUCUUUCACAAACUGCUAUUUGGUCCACAAAAUUCAGUAAAGAUGGUAAAUAUAUGGCAACGGCCGGUAAAGACGGUGUAUUGAGAAUAUGGAAAGUCAUAAGUAGUCCGGUGGAGAGAUGGGAGUUGGAUCGUAUAGAAAAAUCUAAUAAUGUAUCUAUGCAGCAAACAUUGGCCAAAUUGAAGCAACCACAGAAGAAUAAAAAUAACACUGAGAGUGUAAAUUUAUACGCACCUCUAUUCAGACCAAAACCCGUUAAAGUGUUCAAGGAACAUCACUAUGAUAUCUUGGACCUAGAUUGGUCAAAAAAUAAUUUCAUAUUGACAGCCUCAAUGGACAAGACUGUAAGACUUUGGCAUGUUGACAGAAAGGAAUCAUUGAAAACUUUUGUUCAUGCUGAUUUUGUUACAGGUGCAAAGUUCCAUCCCAAUGACGAUCGCUUUUUCAUUACCGGAUGCCUUGAUCAUAAAUGCCGACUGUGGUCCAUUGUUGAUAGUGAAGUGAGUUAUGAAUAUGAUUGUGGUGAUCUGAUUACUUCCAUUGCUAUAAGCCCUGUGGAUGGUAAAUUUACUGUAGUGGGAACUUUCAAUGGUUGGAUCCACGUCCUAGAGACUGCAGGAUUGAAACACAUUAGUUUAUUUCAUGUAAAAGAUAAAAAGACUCAAGGAGAGCGCGCUAAAGUUACUGCUUCUUCAACCUCAUCUUCACCGACAACAGAAAGCCCAGAAAAGUCUUUUAAAGGUCCAAGAAUUACUGGGAUCCAAGUUGUACAGGCGUCUGCUAAAGAUACUACUAAAAUUGUAGUAACAUCGAAUGAUUCAAGGAUUAGAGUAUUCGAUUUGGUUUCAUUGAAGUUGCUCGAAUUCUUAAAGGGAUUCCAUAGCGGAUCCUCACAGCAUGAGGCACAAUUUCAAAUUUGGAAAAAACAACCAAUUGUCAUUUCUAGCAGUGAGGAUCAUUGGUUAUAUAGUUGGAAACUGAACUCUUAUGAUGCAUUCAUAUUAUUAGAUAAUUUACAAUCGGAAUCGAAACCAACUGCUAAGAUAAGGGAUUUAUUGAAUAGAUCCGUAUCAGGUAAUGGUAAUAUUUCUAAUCCUAACGCUUUUCAUGAUGCUUUCGAAUCAGAAUCAGAUACAAGGCCAAGACACAGUCAUCAUCACCCAUUGUUCUCAAACCCUAUCAAAUAUUUAGCGAGGUCACAUAAUAAUGCAGACUCUUACUCUAAAAAGAAUUCCCAUUAUAUUUCAUUUCAUGCACACCAUGCGCCAAUUACUACAGCCGUAAUUGCACCUAAUGAAACUUCCAAGGUCUUAUCCUUAUCAAAUGACUUCAUAUGUGAAUUAUCAUUGCAAUAUUUAAAGGAGCAAGAAGUUACUAAAGGUAUAUUACAUUCAACUAGUACAUCAUCUAGUGUUUCAGAUGCUAUUGGGACUAUCCUAGUAACUACGGAUAGUAAUGGACUGAUCCGAAUCUUUAGGACAGAUAUGUCCCCCAAAAUUAGAAAGAAUGUUUUAGCAAAACUUCAAAGUCUCAAGAACGUGACUGUCAAGCCAAAAAGUUCCAUAUCAGACAUCUUAUCUGAGCCAAUAUCCAGCCAGGAGAUAUCGAAUUAUAAUGUAAAUAUUCCAGGUACUUUAAACAAUCAUUAUUCAACAAGAUCGAAUAUCGUGAAACCGAAUAUGACAAAAUCGGAAGGAAGUCUUAUUUCGACCAAAUCGGCACACGACAGUUCAACUUCUUUUACGAACUCAAAUACUACGAUUUCAGACGAAACUCAAAUUGAGCUCAGAUGUAACAUUUGUAACGGUACUCGGUUUGAAUCCACUUUCAAGAAUGCAUUGGGACAAAGAGAAAAUGGCUAUUAUUGUCUUGACUGUGGUACGGUACUAAACAACUUCAGAUAA